AUGGGCGGAUUUUUAGGGUUUAUGGCGGCUAUGGAGCAGGCUAUGGCGGAUGGAGCGUUUGCCAGAAAGGGCGCCCAAGUUCCUGUGGCUCUCAAGGAAGCUGUUGGCGAGACGCUCGAGAUGAGGAGGGUGAUCACCGCGUUCCGGCGGGAUUGCUUGCACUUUAGGGAGGGAGGCUUGCUGUACGAGAUCGUGAAAUCGUGGUAUGACAAGCGCUACGCAGCCGAGCGUUGCACGGACUACCCCGAGUCGCUGGAGCGGAGGACCCCUUACGCAGCGUUCAAGGGAGAACAUCCUGAGUUGGCCGAGUGGUAUGGAGAGCUCGAUUUUUUGCUCCGAGAAAUCCCCGUCGGGAACUUCGCCACCACUUUGCUGAACCUCCCUUUGGAUUCGGGUGAUGCCUCUCGCGCUCUCGAGCCCGACGGGAUCCUCUCCCGGAUAAUCUCUCCGUGUCCCUUUCUCACGCACGGCGAGAACGUCGCUCUUGCCCUCCUCGACGCGAGGCUGUGGCUGUGCCGCUCUGCUCUGCCGCUGGCGAUCGGGCAGGAAACGUCGUACUGGGACGCAUCGGGCGGUGGCGGUGGUGUUGUCUUGCCCAAGAGGCCGACUUUACCUUCAACGUUUUAUGUUUUACUCCAGGAGUCGGCUGUGCAGGUGCACGCUACGCUCCUCAGGCAUUCCAGCAACAGGGUGUACGAGCUGGCUCCGUCGGAUUUCACAGACGACAAGCGGGAGUGCUUCUGGGCACGCAUGGCUCGAGUGCGCUUCCCGCAUGUUGACAACCGAGGGAUGUCGAGCAGGGAGUUUGCCGCCACGCUCGCCCGCAGUAGCGCGGGAGAAGAUCGCGACUUGGAAUAUUUGGAGUGCUGGCGGGAGGAUGAAACGAGGGACAUGUACAGGCUGUUGGCGAUGUUCAUCCAUGAUCGGACACCUGAGAUGCACGAAGAACAGAUGGAAAAACUGGCCAAAGAAGAAGAGGAAGAGGAAGAGGAAGAAGAAGAAGUUGGGAGGUAAGACUUUCGACUGGCAAGACAAGCAGUUCUUCCAAAUGACGGCAAGCCUGUGAUCGAAUCCAAACAACAGUGUGAUAUGAGUCGCCGUGAAGAAAAAAGCAAGUACCUUUCCAAAAGUUGCGGAAGCAUUUCUUGGUCCGUGAUCUUCUGUCGAGGCUGGCGAAGCUUUGGACCGCCACAGUUAUCUCGGUCUCCAAGGCCUUCAUCUUGUCUACGACGUCGGCUUCGCGCCUCUAGCGUCCAAGUUGCGAAGAAGCCUGCGCUUUCGUUCCAGCUCCGUAACAGACCUGAGAAGAAGAAAGCACAGAGAAUAAGAGCUUAGUUCCAGAUCGAAAGUAGAAGCAUUGCCUUGACCUGUUCAUACAAUUUCUAUCCUGUUCAUAAAAAGUCUAUCCAAAGUUC